AUGAGGCAGGUAAUUUUCUCAUACGUAGAGUUUUCCACUUAUAGAACCACGCCCCGCAAUACCUUCGUAUGGAUACGGAGGACACACACCGCCGCACCGUUACCGACUCGAAUAUCACAGCAAGGACAGAGAAGCCUCCGGAGAUACCUCUGGUUUGUCCCUGUGGCGGGUGGUCUAGCACUUUACCUCUCUCCGAAGCCGCGGUCUCUAAUUGCGGACAUCUUAUACUCGCCUACCAUCAUACCGUGUAAUGACAUCCGCAAACCACCACCGGAGCCUACAAUAUCCUCACCUGCAGAGCCCAACCGAUCACUCGUCUCCCAAGUAGUCUGUUUCCUCCGCGAUAAUGUCUGGGAACCUAUCCUCACGACGCGGAGACUUGUGCACCUCCUCAUCCUCUUUGUACCGGUCCUCCUGACUUCGCCCAUGCUGCUGGUUGGCAAGCCUGAAAAGGAGCUAGGAGGGGAUAGAUGGGGUGCCGUAUGGUGGUAUGAGUUUUUGACAGCCCAGAUGCAGAGGGCAGGGCCGACAUUCGUCAAGCUCGGGCAAUGGGCUGCAUCAAGAGCAGAUCUGUUCCCCACCCUCCUCUGUGACCGCAUGGGAGCGCUGCAUUCACGAGGGAAAGCUCACCCGUUCAAUCACACAAGGCAUGUCAUUGAGCACGUUUUCCAGAGACCCUUCGAUGAGGUAUUCGAGGAGUUCGAGGUCACGCCGAUUGGUACUGGCGCAAUUGCUCAGGUCUACCGCGCAAAACUAAGGAGCGACCUCAUUCCUCCUUCACAUCUUGCCCCGAAAAGAGCACGUCCCUCCGGACCCGCCGCACUUACCCCAGCCAUUCUCCAUCCUCGUGAAGAAGUUCCCACUAACGCAGUGGCUAUCAAGAUCUUGCAUCCUCGGGUCCAAAACCUCAUCAACCGGGACUUGAAGAUAAUGGCGUUUUUUGCGGAUGUCCUCACACUCAUCCCCGGUGUACAGUGGCUUUCCCUCCCGGAAGAAGUCGAGGUAUUUGGUCGUAUGAUGCGCGAACAGCUAGACUUGCGCAACGAAAGCCAUAAUCUUGUCGAGUUCGAGAAUCGCUUUGCUGGGAGGCGGCUGCCUGUAACGUUCCCUCGACCUCUAGAUCUCUGGAGCACAAGGGAUAUGCUCGUUGAAGAAUAUCAGAACGCUUUGUCUCUAGAAGACUUUCUUCAUAAUGGCGGUGGGCCUUAUAACGACGUCCUCGCGGAAGUGGGACUUGAUGCGUUCUUGAACAUGCUUCUCCUGGAUAAUUUCGUACACUCCGACUUGCAUCCAGGGAAUAUAAUGAUCAAAUUUGCGAAGCCGCAGUCUACAGUGUUACUUCUCAAGAGCGCCUGGAAUGCACUUUGGAAGUCGAAGCUGCAACAAGCGAAGGAGGAAUUGGCUCAUGCUAGCUCCAUGUUCGCGGAUCCUACGACGGAGAAUAUUGUGGACGAAUUACGUCAGCUGAGGAAGAAUCCGCAGGCAUGGCAAGCGCAGCUCCAGAAAAUCCAUGACGAAGGCUACCUCCCGAAGAUAAUCUUCAUAGACGCAGGGUUGGUGACGACCCUGGAUUCGAACAAUCGUCGGAAUUUUCUGGACCUUUUCCGCGCUAUUGCAGAGUUUGAUGGUUACCGGGCUGGAGAGCUAAUGGUUGAGCGGUGUCGUACGCCCGAGCUCGCGGUGGAUCCUGAAACAUUCGCCCUGAAGAUGCAGCAUAUCGUCCUUCAAGUGAAGCGUAAGACCUUCUCGUUGGGGCAAAUCAAGAUCUCGGACAUUCUGCACUCGGUUCUCAAGGCGGUGAGGGAGCACCACAUCAAAAUGGAGGCCGACUUCGUGAACACCGUUAUCUCGGUGCUGUUGCUCGAAGGCAUUGGACGACGACUCGACCCUGGUCUGGAUCUGUUCAAGAGCGCGCUGCCUAUUUUGAGGCAGCUUGGUCGCCAAAUGGGUACGCAAGAGAAUCUCAGACAAAUGGAGAAGAGCAAUCUCGGUGCCUUUAUAAAGGUAUGGGUAUACAUGGAAGCAAGAGAGCUGGCGUCCUCAGCCCUUGUAGACGCGGAUGAGUUGGUCAAAUACGAUUGGUACGUCUUCUGUAGCCUUUUCCAUAGCACGCUGACUGUUGGCCAGGUUGACCCCUUCUGUAUAGAGAUAUGA